AUGCCUCGCGGAAAACAGGGCAUCAUUUCCAAGCUCCUCAGUGCAGGCAUUGGAGCCGGGUCGGAGAUGAUCCACCGCUCACGAUCUGGAUCUAGUCAAUCCGGUGAACCAUCCUCUUCCGCAUCCAGAGAGGUACCUGCAUCUGAGAGCCAGGAAAUCGAGUAUGAGUAUCUCGAAAUCACCGACAAACUCGAAGCGGAGAAGCUGGUGAACAUCGGCGAGGCCGAGCGGGUGGUCAAAGAUGGAAAAGAAGUACUGCGCGUGCGCAAAGUCGACUAUGACUCCGACAGUGACUCGGAGGACGACCUUGCCAACCGCGAUGAGGCGGCUUGGGAGCUUGAUGAAAUGGCCGAGCGUGUGAAUCCGCCCUCGUAUGAGGAGGCUACGGCGUCGCCUUCCGGGACCGAUAUCAAGGCCAAAGAGGAUGAGAUGAUCCAGCGACUGGUUCGCAUGGCAGGGCCUGCGCCUCAACCUUUGCGACAGAUUCCAUGCCCUGUUAUUAUUCCGCAGCGUCGGCCUGGAAAGAAAGAUCGUGGGUUCGUGAGGGCGUAUGCUCCAGUCCUUGCAGAUUGUGGUAUUAGUCAAGAUGUGUUCUUGCGCUUCUUGGCCGACUGGGAGAAAUCGAGCAAGGCGGAUCCAUGGAUCGACGUGGUCUUCGUCGCCGCCGGUGUUGUCGGCUUCGUCCCCGAAGCAGCUGCCCAAGUGGUCAGUGUCGUCGUUCAGGUUGUCGCUGGUACCGCUCGUGAACUCCAAUCGCGUCAUCGUCGUAAUACUUUCCUCGAUCGGGUUAAUCAGGACCUGCUGAUGCCGCGCGGUCUCUUCGCCAUGGUGAUGUGCUUCAAAGACCAAGUGCCCGGUCAACAAAAGGGUCUCCUGGGAAAACUGUCCAAUACCCUUGGACAGACUCUGUUCGCAAGCAAAGAGCUUGAUAUCAACGAGACGGUUGCCAAAUACAGCAAUCCGGAUCCGAAUAUGUCAAUGAUGAACAAGCAGCUGAAGAAUCUCCGACUGACAAGCGGUAAGACCUAUAGCGAAGUUGAGCUUCCUGAGUCAGCGGAGUUGGUAUUCCCUGAUCUUGAUCACGUUGCUGCUCAAGAGCUUGGAGUCAAGUCCAAUGAAAAGAGACCCGAGGGCUCGGGAGUUCGUGAUAAGUUCAAGGAUGCUGGUGUUUGGGUCCAGGAUUACAUGGACAGGAGAGCUCAGGCUUUCUACGAAGCUCAACACCCCGGGUCAUCCCUCGUCGUCCCUGCCAACCAAAGAGAACCCUUCCAAUCACGAUACAACGAUCCCAACCACGCCGUCAACAGCGGCUCUCUGAUCUCACUCAUUACCGGCGGAGCGAUCAAUCCGGUCCCUAGACGUGAAGCCAAUCGGGCUAGAAGGCAGGGGAGGCGGUCUAUGAGGCGCGAGUACAGAGAUAUCAGGCGCGUCGCUCGGGGCCAACAUCCCCGGGGCCCAAGGAGAGACAGACGGAACAAAACGAAGCGCCAGGGUAUUAUCAAAAAGGUCCUGCACCAGGAUGUGUUGUAUCUUCUGAUCGUCAAUGUGCCUAGUGAGAAGGAAGUUCAGGAUUCGGUUGCUCAGUUGGAGAAUCUCGUGGAGCAGCAGCAGACUGGGGUUCCUGGGCCUUCUCAUUAG